UGUGCGUCUUUUUUUUACUUUUAUUUUUUCUGAGGCUCUUCUUUUCCUUUCCUCUCCCUUCUCCCCUCUCUCUCCUCGAAUCGUCCCCUCAAAACCCUAGAAACGAAUCGAAGGAUCGAAGUUGUGUGAAACCCUCGCGUUUCCGAUCCAAUGGCCAACAGUAACCUCCCCCGACGAAUCAUCAAGGAGACGCAGCGUCUCCUCAGCGAGCCAGCUCCGGGUAUCAUUGCGACUCCGUAUGAGGAAAAUAUGCGCUACUUUAAUGUGAUGAUCCUUGGUCCGGAGCAGUCGCCCUAUGAAGGAGGGGUUUUCAAGCUUGAAUUAUUUUUGCCCGAAGAAUAUCCAAUGGCUCCACCGAAGGUUCGUUUUCUUACGAAAAUUUAUCAUCCCAAUAUUGACAAGCUUGGAAGGAUAUGCCUUGACAUUUUAAAGGACAAAUGGAGUCCUGCCCUCCAGAUACGAACAGUUCUAUUGAGUAUUCAAGCACUUCUCAGUGCGCCAAACCCUGAUGACCCACUGUCGGACAACAUAGCUAAGCAUUGGAAAGCCAAUGAAGCAGAGGCUGUUGAAACUGCAAAGGAAUGGACCCGACUAUAUGCCACCGCCGGGGCGUGAAGAACAAGCGGCAGCAUUUUGCUGUGGAAUAACUCAUUUCUGCAGUGGAUAUCUUGUUCAAGCUAUUUAUUCCGUUAGAGCGGGAUGGUAAGUUUCGGGUGUGCGAACUGUUUACAAUAUCAAAAGUGUUUUAGGGGUGCCCAAAAUCAUACUUACUAAUUGUAUAUCUCUCUCUUGGGCUCUCUAGCUAACCUACUUUUGAUCUGUAUUAGUAGCUCAGAUGUGUUGCCGCGUCUCUUUUCCAGUGAAAAAGAAAGAAAAUACUUCCAAUAUCCUUAAUAAUACAGGAGAAUAAUUCACCAUCUGCA